GGGUCAGAAUGGCUCCUCGUCUUCCUCUGAUCUUUCUGCUCAUGAUUCACGGGGUUUCUGGUGCUGGUUGGGGUGUGAGUUACAGUCCUUCACACAUCUGUGCACUAAAGAACUCAUCAGUGAUAAUGAGCUGCACUUAUACAUACCCUACUGGAUAUAAGAUCAAGAAAGUGUUCUGGACCAAAAACCCUGUAAAGGGUGAAGAGUAUCCAGAUCUGUCUGAGGAUCCUGAAUACAGUCAGAGGCUUCAGUAUCUGGGAGACACACAGCAGAACCGCACCAUCAGACUGAGUCAUGUGACACAGAAAGAUGAACACAUGUACUAUUUCAAAUUCAUCACUGAUAAACCUGGUGGAAUAUGGACUGGUGAUCCAGGAGUGACUCUUACUGUCACAGAUCUUCAGGUGGAGGCUCCUGAGAGAGUGACAGAGGGUCAUAAUGUCAGUCUGACAUGUAACAGCAGCUGCACUCUGACUGACAGAGCAACAUUCAUCUGGUACAGAAACUCACAGCCAUUAACUGAGAGAAGAGACGGAAACAAUCAACUCCUGCUGCAGUCAGUCAGAAGAGAGGAUGCAGGCAGAUACAGCUGUGCUCUACAUGGACACAGUUACAUCUCUCCUGCUGCUCAGCUCAGUGUCACGUAUCCUCCAAAAAACGUCUCAGUGUCCAUCAGUCCAUCUGGAGAAAUAGUGGAGGGAGAUUCAGUGACUCUGAGCUGCAGCAGUGAUUCAAACCCUCCUGCUCUGAACUUCAGCUGGUUUAAAGGAGGAAGGUUUGUAGGAUCUGGAAGAAUCUACAGCAUCUCAAAGAUCAGCUCUGAUCACAGUGAAGAAUACAAGUGCAAGUCCAUCAAUGAACAUGGAGAGAAAUACUCUGAUGCUGUGAAUGUAUACGUCAUGU